GUCGAUUUAAAUAAUAAAAGUCCGGAAGGCGGAAGUGACGCGUGUUCCAGUAGCGGUGACGUCCUUCCGCUCAGAGAGAUGGUUCGCGCUGUUGGACGCGUUUGUUGAUCAGUGAUAAACGUGAAUAUUAGAUAUUAAUCAAAGUGAUUGAGGUGAAGCCGACGGUCAGCCAUCAUGGGCCGCCGCUCCACCUCCUCCACCAAGAGUGGGAAGUUCAUGAACCCCACGGACCAGGCCAGGAAGGAGGCGCGCAAGAGAGAGCUGAAGAAGAACAAGAAGCAGAGGAUGAUGGUCCGAGCGGCUGUGCUGAAGAUGAAGGACCCGCGUCAGAUCAUCAGAGACAUGGAGAAGCUGGACGAGAUGGAGUUCAACCCGGUGCAGCAGCCGCUGCUGAACGAGAAAGUGCUGCGCGACAAACGCAAGAAGCUGCGCGAGACCUUCGAGCGGAUCGUCCGCCUGUACGAGCGGGAGAAUCCGGAGACGUACAAGGAGCUGCGGAAGCUGGAGGUGGACUACGAGACCAAGCGGGGGCAGCUGUCGCUCUACUUCGACUCCGUCAAGAACGCCGAGUCGGUGGAGGUGGACAGCAUUCCUCUUCCUGACAUGCCUCACGCUCCGUCCAGCAUCCUCAUCCAGGACAUCCCGCUGCCCGGAGCCCAGCCGCCCUCCAUCCUGAAGAAGAGCUCUGCGCUGGGGAAAGGUUCAGCGCUCUCAGCAGCCGCUCUGGCUGGAGUUCCACGCCUGCCGCCGGGACGUAAACCACCAGGACCCCCUCCAGGACCGCCGCCGCCGCAGAUCCUGCAGCUGUACGCCAACACACGCCGCACAGAGGGCAGCGGCGGGUCAGACACUGAAAUGAUGGACACCGGAGGGAGAAACUCCGACAGCGAGAGCGACACAGACGACGACAGCGACUCUCAGGACGACAGCGGCGGAGAGCGAGACAACACAGACGCUGGCGCGAGACUGACGGCCGAUCGCCAUGACGACAGGGAGGAGGAGCGAGAGCGAGGCGAGAAACACACAGGUCGCAGUGUGCGCUUCGCUGACAUGCCGCCGCCCAAAGACAAGAGGAAGAAGAGGGUGGUGAAGACGAAGAGCAUCACGCCGCUGCAGGCCAUGAUGCUGCGGAUGGCAGGUCAGUCUGUCCCGGAGGAAGAGGAGGAUGAUGAAGAGGAGUACUCGGACUCUGACGAGUCGGAUGCUGAGGAUCAGGGCUCUGCUGAAGCCACUCCGUCAUUGGCCAAUCCCAGACUUCCUGUUCCAUCGGCACCAAUGGCGGCGCAGCAGCCUCCCCCACACAUGCAGGCUCCGCCCAUCACAGGGCCUCCUCCUUUAGGACCGCCUCCAGCUCCACCAAUGAGGCCGCCAGGACCGCCAUCCGGCCCGCCUCCAGGCCCGCCUCCCGGCGCUCCUCCGUUCCUGAGGCCUCCUGGACUCCCCGCGGCCCUCAGGGGCCCCAUGCCGCGCCUGCUGCCCCCAGGACCCCCGCCGGGCCGCCCGCCCGGCCCUCCUCCCGGCCCUCCACCGGGCCUGCCGCCCGGCCCGCCGCCCCGAGGACCCCCGCCCCGCCUGCCGCCGCCGGCCCCGCCAGGAAUGCCUCCGCCUCCCCCUCCGCCCCGCGCCGGCCCGCCCCGCAUGGCCCCGCCCCUCUCUCUCUUCCCGCCUCCGCUCAAUCCCAACGUGCUCAGCGCCCCACCCAGCAUCCGUCAGAAGUCUCCCGCGGCGCCCACGUCCUCCGCCGACGCCUCUCAGAGCUCCUCCUCGCUCCCGCCUCCCCCCAGAGGCUCCGCCCUGCAGAUGCCGCCGCCCCCCGGCACCACCUCCAACCCGCUCGCCCCCACCAUCGAGAAGCGGGCCAACAUCACUGGCGGCUCCGGCCCGGCCUCGGCCCAGGCGGGCGGCGCCACCAUCUCCGCCAAACCGCAGAUCAUCAACCCCAAGACGGAGGUGACGCGCUUCGUGCCCACGGCGCUCCGCGUGCGCAGGGAUCGGGCCGGGGUGCCCGGAGGGAUGGAGAGAGCGGCCGGCCGGAGGGAGGACGAGCGCGAGCAGCCCAAACACCAGACCCUGAGCCACCCGAGCCAACCGGACCGCGCCGCGCCGCCCAGCAUGAAGACCAAGGACCAGAUGUACGAGGCCUUCAUGAGGGAGAUGGAGGGCCUGCUCUAGCCACACGCUUCCCUUCUGCAGCUCUUUUGUACGUUUUCUCUUAGUGUCACAGGAUUGUGUUUUAUCUUGAAACAUGAAUAAAAAAGUCAAACCCU